AUGGUUACCCUCCCAGAACCCUUCGCCUCCAUCCCCCGUCAUCCCCUCACCCUCCCAACCCCAUCCCCAAUCCACCUCCUCCCCCGCACCUCAACCGACCUAACAACAACAACCUCCAACCCCAUUUCCAUCUACGCCAAACGCGAAGACCUUAACUCCGCACUCGCCUACGGCGGCAACAAAACCCGAAAACUCGAAUACCUCCUCUCCGAAGCCCUCUCCCUCUCCUCAACAACCCUAAUCUCCAUCGGCGGCUUCCAAUCAAACCACACCCGUCAAGUCGCCGCCGCCGCAGCCUCCACGGGACUAAAAUGUAAACUCGUCCAAGAGAAUUGGGUUACAUACCCAGACCCUCACGAUAUCUAUUCUAAAGUCGGAAACAUCCAAUUAUCGAGAUUAAUGCAAGCGGACGUUCGAUUGGAUAACUCUGGUUUCGGGAUCGAACAUAAACAAACUUUAAAAUCAGUAUUCGAAGAAUGUAGUUCUAACGGUGAAAAACCUUAUUACAUACCCGCCGGAGCAUCGGAUCAUCCGCUCGGAGGACUGGGGUUUGCGAGAUGGGCGUUUGAAGUAAAGCAACAGGAAAAGGAAAUGGGUGUGUUUUUUAAUACUAUAAUAGUCUGUGCUGUUACCGGUUCCACGUUCGCGGGGAUGGUAGCUGGAUUUAAACUCCUUCAGAAAAUCCACGGUGGUGAGGAAAAUGAUAGGAAGGUAAUUGGUAUUGAUGCCUCUGCGAAACCAGCGGAGACGAAAGCACAGACACUUAGGAUCGCGAAGAAUACGGCGGUGAAGAUCGGGUUGAAGGAGGAGGAUAUUACUGAGGAUGAUAUUAUUCUGGAUGAAAGGUAUCAUGCUGGUGUUUAUGGUAUUCCGGAUAAACAGACCCUUGAGGCUAUGGAGUACGGCGCACAAAUGGAUGCGUUCAUCACGGAUCCGGUGUAUGAAGGGAAGAGUCUGGCGGGGAUGUUGGAUAUGGCGAGGAAAGGGGAGAUUAAAGGGAAUAUCCUUUAUGCCCAUUUGGGUGGUCAAUUGGCGUUGAAUGCUUAUCCGGAUAUGAAGGAGGAGAUAGAGAAGCAAAGUUAG